AUGAACUGCGCGGGACGCGCAAGGCCAUCGCGAACACGGAGGCCAUCUUCAACGUUCCUGCCCGAGCCAGUCUUCGGGCAUGGACAGCUCUACGUCGCUGCUUCGCGGGUGACGGACCCGCGAAACAUCCGGUUCUGCAUCGCACACGACCCCCCGCAGAUGGCAGAGGUCGCGAGCACCUCGCCCACGGUGGAGCCGUCGAGUGGCGACGAUGUCAGUCGGCAGAGGUUCGACCCGUGGGAGGUUGGAGGAGCCGACGACGAUUUCGACGAGGAGCUCCGGGAUUUGCUGCGGCAGGAGCCAGACUACCGCGCUGAUUACGAGGAGGACCCCGACGCGGAGGAGAUGAUGCGGGAGGCUGAGCAACGGGAGACGAUGGGGCCCCGCUACGAGGAGAUGAUGGCGGAUGAGAUGCUGAGACAGGACGAGGCGAACGCGAGGGCGGCGAUGCAAGGUCGCCCGGUCACUCCGCCUCGCGGUGUCGAGCCGAGGCGGAGCCCCGGUCCACGUCGCACGAGAAACAUCGUAUACAAAGAAGCUCUGGCUUAG